AUGCGCUGGACCGCAAUCGCUUGCCUGGGUCUAACCCUGGGCGUUGUUCUGGCCCAAGACUACAGCAGCAGUGAUGACCUCCUCGUCAAGACCGGGUCACUUGUGCUCCAGGGCACACUCGAAGAGAACAUGCCAAAUGUCAGAGUCUUCCGGGGCGUGCCAUUCGCCGAGCCUCCUCUGGGCCAAUACCGCUUCCGGCCGCCAGUCACCAAGAAGUCCUCUUCAGAGGUCAUCAAUGCCACUUGGUUUGGUCCAUCGUGUAUCCAGCUCGACAACGGCCAGAAGACGGUCUACACCGAGCAUCUCCAAGGAUUUCUUCUUACACCCGGUCAACAGGACACAGAGGACUGCUUGACUCUCAAUAUCUGGACUCCUCGUGGAGCGGAAGGGCAGAAGUUCCCGGUCAUCUUGUAUAUUCCUGGAGGCGGCUACACGGGAGGUGGGGGGGCCUCCCCCUACAAGUAUGGUGGACCAAUGGUUCGCGACCAGCAAGAUGUAAUUGUGGUCACGAUGAACUACCGCCUCAAUAUCUUCGGCUUUCCCAAUGCCGCCGGUCUUGAUCAACACAACCUGAACCUUGGUCUACUGGAUCAGCGGAAAGCAGUCGAGUGGGCCUUCAACAACGUCGCAGCCUUUGGCGGCGACCCGUCCCGUAUGAUCCUGUGGGGCCAGUCGGCCGGUGCUGGCUCUGCCGACAGUUACGCCUACGCGUGGCCUGACGACCCUGUCGUCUACGGCUUUGCAAUCGACUCAGGCAGUGGCGACGGUGCAGGCCGCUCCGCGUCAGACACGUCCAACUUCACAUACGUCGCCCAGCAGGUCGGCUGUACACAGGAGGACAAGUAUGAUCAGUUCGCUUGCAUGCAGACAGCUCCAGCAGAAGACAUCAUCGGCGUACUCAGCUCAUACAAUGCCAGCGACAACGACGGUCUCAGCCUAGGCUUCGGCCCAACGACGGACGACGAAACAAAGUUCUCCAACUAUUCAGACCUACAGGCCAGAGGCAGAUUCGCAAAGGUACCGCUGCUGGCAGGCAACACCAACGACGAAGGCCAAACGCUGAGUGCACCCUACAACGAAGACGGCUCAGCGCCGAACCAGACACUGGUCGAGAUCGGCACAAACCGAACAGCUUGCGGGAUCGGACGCGCUGCAGAGGUGAGGGCUGAACACGAUGUCCCAGUCUGGCGUUGGCGAUACCUGGGUUACUUCCCAAACCUACAGCCGUUGGAGUGGCUGCGCUCUUAUCACUCCUCCGAGCUGCCGCUUGUAUUUGGCACAUCAGAUUUCUCGGGUCCAGAUACUGAGGUCGAGGAUGAAACGAGCAAAUAUAUGCAGGGUGCCUGGGUAGCAUUUGCGAAAGAUCCCGUGAAUGGUUUGAGUCGGUACGGGUGGCCAACCUAUGAUGCGGCAGAGAACACAUUGGUCGAGCUGGCACUGGAUGGCAACACGAGUGCCGUCUUUGCAGCUGGCAUCAAGUACGAUAGCACUUGUCAGAGCUCUGACUAG